AUGGUUAUAGGCAAUCAACAUCGUCGUUCCAAUAUCCUGGUCACAACAGGGAGAAGCCCAGCCAGUCAAACAAUCCGAGCGCGGACACUUCAAGAGAAUGUUCUCGUUCACGAAUGGGCACAGCUACGGUGGGGCGUGUUUCCGGAAUAUGGUACUGAUGAGGAGUCCAAAGGGCAUUUCUACCAAGCUGGAGGGAAGUGGAAACCCACAAGCUGCAGUGAGAACAUCAGAGGCCGUGUGGGGUUCGGUACAGACUGUAAGGCUAGCCCAUUGUGUGAUACCAAUGACUCAACAAGACGUAUACACCCUGGUUGUCGAUUCUGUCCUGAUCUAACACAACCAGCAGCACGGGCGUCCAUCAUGGACAAUCAAUUCGUGGACCAACUUGACCUGUUUUGUGACGAUACUGAAGAUGCACCUGAAACGAGAAGACACAACAGACUUGCAACAAAUAAGCAGAACCUUUACUGUGACCACAAGAGCGUGUGGGCUGUCAUGAGAGAACAUCCAGAUUUUAAGGGAGUCCACAGUGAACCUCUCCCCGAAAACACCGACACUACACCAGUAUUCACCAUUUUACAGGAGGCAAAAAGCAGAAAGGUGUUUGUCCUGGAUACAUCUAGUAGUAUGAAUAAGAGCACACCAAGGCGCAUAGUACGCUUGCAUGAGGCUGGAAAAUACAUAAUAAAGAGUGAAGAGGAGAUUUGUGCCGAUAGCUACCUCGGAAUCGUGUGGUUUAGUUCCGAUGCAAAAUUCAAGAAAGCUAUCACUAAGGUCGACAGUGAAGCUACGAGGGAUGCUCUAGUAGAUGCUCUCCCAAAGGAUCCGAGUGGCGGUACUUGUAUCGGAUGUGGACUCAAGCUUGCUAUAGAUGAAAUCGAAAAAAACUUUCCCACAUCCACAAAACAUUCGGAGAUUAUUCUUAUGUCUGAUGGCGAAGAUACUAGUAUUGAAACAAUAACAGAGCAGACGAACAGAGCUAAAGAUCUGGGCAUACUGAUUCACACAGUCGCUAUCACCUCUCAGUCUUCUGUAAGACUCGCCAACGUGUCGAGAAAUACUGGCGGGAAAAGUCUUUUUCUUGAGAUUGGAGGAAAUAUUACGUUUGUUUCUGUCUUGUCAAAAGCAUUGUCGAACAGUAUAACUGGGGGCGGAUGUAAAUCGGAGGAGAUGAGAUCAGGGACGCUAAAGAACAGCAGCGUGCUGAAUUUCAAUUUCACAAUCGAUGAUGGGGUGGGGUUAAACACAACAGUUGUCAUUUUUCCAAGCAACUCAAAACCACAUUUCGACUUUGAAAUAAGAGGAGCAGGGAAUAGCGUCCAUGAGAGCAGUUCACAUAUUAGUGAGACACCCAUUAUGGCAAGGUUUUCUGGAAAGUUACCCAAAGGGACAUAUUUUAUUGUUGUAAAACAAAUCCUGAUACAGCUAUAAACUGGGAGUACGAUGUGAAAUCUAAAUCAAAGGAUAAUCUACAAGUUACCGUAACAACACGUUUCAAGAAAAACGUUGUGUAUACGGACGUGUUGAAGGGGAACGCUCCUGUUUUGAAUGCCAACGUCGUUGCCACUGCCAGCGUCGAUGCCGUGGCUGGAAACUGUUUUGCAAUUUUAAACGACGAUGGAAAAGGUGAGGAUAAUACAGCAGACGACGGAACUUACACUGGAAAAUUAACAUGUCAAAUAGAAGGCCGGAGUGAAACCCGAGUCAGUGUGAAGGCAAAUUCAAUCAUAUUUCUGAGUGGCAUUGAGGGUGCGGCAACGAUAAACCCAGACGCUUUUAAGGAAAUUGUGAUCGAGGAAAGUUUUGAAAGGUUUUCACUCGUUGCGGAUGUCGAAUUAUCUCCUACAACAAUAGGGGAUACUACACCCCCUGGACGAAUUACUGAUCUCAGAAUCGAAGAUAUUAAAACGAAUGAAAAUACCCGGCAUUUUACAAUACGCUGGACUGCAACGGGUGGCGACAGCUACACUGGUCGAGCAACAUCUUAUCAACUCCGAUACGCAACGGACUUAAACACUUUGUUAAAUAACUUUGAAAAUGCUCAAGCUCUAAACAUUGGUCAACAUAACCUUGACCCUAGAGACUCAGGCGAAGACGAGGCUGUCGAUAUUUCUGUAACAACUGAAAAAGAAUUUAACGAGACGGCAUUUUUGGUCAUCAGAGCUUUAGAUGAGGUUGGAAAUAAGGGAGCUAUGUCAAAUAUUGUUUCAAUAGUUAUAGCUAAUGGAUUUGUGAUUUCCUUUAACGGACGAACAAAUCAUACGUACAGUCCACCAACUAUUGAUGAGAAUGAAACCAACGUGGGAUUAAUAAUUGGUGUUGUGAUUGGAACAGCAGCGUCGGUUUUUAUCAUCAUUGCAGCGUGCGUCUUUAUAAAUUUAAGAAAGCAACAACUGAAGAACUCCCUAUCCACCCGAGAUCCAGCAAAACAAGAAGCCGGCGACAAUCCGACAUGAAGCCAAACAGCAUACGUCCAAAGAGGAUACAGACGUGACUCAAACACACACUCGUGAUACUAGAUCGAAAAAUGACAGUAGCGUUAUAUGUAUUUUUUUGUUACGUCGUGCUGUAUGUUCACUAGAGUAGAAAGCAAAGUAUAUCGCUAGGCAUAUAAUGAACAGAUGAAAUGAUAUUUGUGAACAUUUUAGUUUUCUUUGUGACGUUGAUGAAUCAAAGUGGACAAAUGUAUUGCACUGAACGGCAUGCCAUCUUCGCAUUACAACGUCAAGUUAAGAGACGGGUUUGCAUAUUUUUUAAGUAUUAAAAGC